AUGAAUAUACAAUAAAUUCGUAACGAAAUAUCCCAUGAAUUCCUCGAAAACUGUUAAUAAAUAAAACACGAGGCGAAUAAAAUAUUAAUAAGCGAAUUAGAAUACCCUUCCCGAACCCUCCAAUAAGACAGCGAAGAAACUCUAGACAUAGUAUUUCGUGGAAACGAUAAAUUAAACUUCACAUCUAGAUUAAAAGAUAAAGAUAUAAUAAUAUUAUCAGAAGUUCUUAAAAAGCAUGCAUCUAUAAUACACCAUAUAGACUUAAGCUUUAAUUUAAUUACCGAUAUAGGGGCUGAAGCCCUAUCUUCUUUAUUAGCCUUAUGUAAUAACAUCGAAUCUUUAAAUUUAUAAGGAAACAAUAUUGAAAAUACUGGCGGAUUACAUUUAGCCGAUAAACUAAAAGAAAACUUUUCUUUGAAAUAUUUAAAUUUAGAUUCUAAUAAAAUUAAAACCAAUGGCUCUAUGAAUAUUAUUGAAAUCCUAUUUAAUAAUAAAAACUUGAUUGAAUUAAAUUUAGCAGAUAAUGAUAUUACUCAUGAUGGUAUGAUAGGAAUAACUUCAGUUUUAAAUUUUUAAAAUAAUACUCUAGCAGUUUUAAAUGUAGAUAAGCCUACAUAUACAUCUAUAGGUUAAGAAACCGCAAUUCAUUUUGCAAAAAUGCUUUAAUCCAAUCGUUCUUUAGAAAAGCUUUCCUUAUAAAAGCAUAAUUUUACAUGUGAGGCUAUAUAUAUCAUGACUGAGCAUUUAUUAGAAAAUAAUAAAUUAAGAGUACUUGAUUUGACCGCUAAUAAAAUCUCCUUUAAAGGCUGUGAGGCUAUUGCUAAGUAUUUAUUAAGCGAAUAUUGUGUUUUAGAAAGUUUGAUCCUUAAAUCAAACCGAACAGGACAUUAUGGGGCCAAAGCAAUAGCCUAAGCACUUUCUAAAACUAAAUCUUUGGUUCAUUUAGAUAUGACAUAUAAUGAUAUAGAUGAUAAUGGUCUUAAAAUGAUUGCCGAAGCCUUAGAAAGUAAUAAAUCUUUGGUAAGCUUGAAGUUAUAUUUUAAUCAUUUUGGUUAAAUGGCUUUAUAAGAAUUUCAUAAAUUAAGAAUUAAACCAAGAAAGGAAAUAUGGUAUUGGGAUUUUCAUACAUAUGUGGUGGAUGAUCAUAUAGAAAUGGCAUAUAUUGAUACUAGAAUACCAUAUGAUAUUUUUGUAUCAUUACCUUAUUAUGUGUGA